AACUCAGAUUUGCAUGGAGUCCACCUCCUGCGAGCUGUCAGAGAGACCAGUACCAGUAUCCAGGUCCGCCCAUCGCCAUAAUAGUUCCUUGUCGCUGUCCAGGGUGCUGAAUCGGACGCUGGGUUCUCUGCACGAAGACUUCCUACUGGAAAGCGACGGCGACGGACCUCCGUACCCCUCUUCAGCCAACAUCUUCCACAAUGCCUUCCAAAUACACUGCAUAUAUACUCUUCUUGCAGACAAUUGCAUUAGUGUUACAUCAGAUCAAUGCAUUUCCGAUGCCCGAGGAACCGCAAGACAAAGCAGUGUCUAACCGGGAAUUGUCAGCCGAAAGACCGGUCGAAGAACAGAUAGCGGAGGCUGCACGAGUCAGUCAAUCAACAUCUAUAGAGGACAAGGUCCCACUGCAGAAUAAUUCGUUUGCAGAUGACUUCAUGCUGCUGAAAUCGUUGGCGGAAAAAGAGAGAGAGAUGGAAGAUUACAUCACCAAAAACUCCCCAAGCGACCCCUCUCCUUCCCCGGUCAAUGUCGAUUCCACCAAGAGCAGGAGACUGGCGGAGGAUUAUGAUGAUUCCACAAAAAAUGCAAUGGAUUACAAAGAUGAAGAUGACCCGGAUGGUCUACACCAAUUGGAUGGGACACCAUUAACAGCUGAAGAUAUUGUCCAGAAAAUCGCCAAUAGGAUCUAUGAAGAGAACGACAGAGGGGUGUUUGACAGGAUCGUUUCCAAGCUCCUAAACUUAGGACUGAUAACAGAAAAUCAGGCUAACAAUCUAGAGGAAGAAGUUGCUGUUGCUCUGCAAAAAAUUAUUACCAAUGAAGCUCGUAAGAACAAAGUGAGGGUUGAAAAUGAUGAUUACCCUGUUAAGAAGACAGAUGAAGACUUGACAGAAGGAGAAGGGGAGAAGAAAGUGAGACCUAAAACAAAACCUACAAAGAAACAAAGUAAGUUUGUGAAGGGGGAGAGCAACAGUGCUCCAGGCAACGGUUGGGACUUGAACAGUAACAAGAACCAAAGAGGGAAUGAAUUCACUGCUGAUGGCAUGGAAGAUCUUCAAUACUUUCCAAACUUCUACAACUUGCUGCAGAGUUUGAAUACAGAGCAAGAUGCAAAGGAAAAGGAAACUCUGAUAACUAUCAUGAAAACGCUGAUUGAUUUUGUGAAGAUGAUGGUAAAAUAUGGAACAAUAAAACCAGAAGAAGGUGUUUCAUACUUGGAGAAUUUGGAUGCCAUGAUUGCCGUCCAGACGAAGAGCAAGCUGGGUAAAGUCAAACCUUACGCCACAAACAAGGGAGCAGCAGAUGUCAGAGAUGACUUGGACAGCACGAAGAGCUACUUUGUAAAGCAGGACAAAGAGAAUGCAAAUUCUGAAGACUCCACAAAAGAGGAAAUGGAUCAAUCAGAAAACUCGAAAGGUUUUGACAAAACAGAGUCUUACCUUUCAGCAAUCAGAAAGAACAUUGAGUGGCUGAAGAAACACAAGCAGGAGAAUGGGGAAGGGUAUGACCUUCAGAAGCUACGUGACAUCAUUGAUCGGCAAGUUGACAACUAUGUACAGAAAGGAAUCCUGGAGGAAGGAGAAGGGGAUGUUAUCAAGAGGAUUUAUAAUAGCCUGUGAAAUCCUCCAGUGCAAAGGGGAAGCGAUCUUUUACCUUCAGUGAUGGCCAGCAUUAUAAGUUCACUCAAAUAUAGUUUGUAUUAGAUUCUUUAAUAAGCUUUAUUUUUUUUCUUGGCUAUUCUGUAGUGGCAAGCAGAUUCCAAACUGGAAACGGGGACAAACUGGGCUGAAAGAAAUAGCAGACAGGGUAGGGGUGGGAGUUGAUCCCACAUUCCUUGUGAAAGUCACAAAUAAGAGAAAAUCUGCAGAUGUUGGAAAUCCAAGCUACACGCACAACAUGCUGGAGGGUCUCAGCAGGCCAGGCAACAUCUGUGGAAAAGAGUAACCAGUCGACUGGAGAAAAAAAAGAUUCUAAGUCAGUUUCAGAGAAACUAAUCCUCAAACUGCUCAUCUUUUUUUUUCAGCCCUGAUGAAGGGUUUCGGCCCAAAACAUCGACUGUUUACUCUUUUCCAUAGAUGCUGCCCGGCCUGCUGAGUUCCUCUAGCACUUUGAGUGUGUUCCUUGUGGAGAUGCCAUGCUGUCCAGCAGAGAAAAGGCAAAUGGCCCUCCUUCAAUGCUGCCCUUGGCUGAAAGCACAGUUUUAGCUUCACCACAGCCAAUCUAGUUUCCCCUGAUUCUGAAAAGAAACUGCUAGGGCUAUUGCAUGUGGUAAAGCUUUCAAAUCCUAGUAUCCAUCUUUAAAAUGAGUUAUUAUACCCACCAAUUGUAAAGUCCAUCAUCUCUGGUGCACCUGACCACUUGCUUCUUGGAAGAUUUGUGACAUAAAUGCAAGGCCUGCACUCACAGGAAAUGAUCUGCUUUUCCUUUCAAGUUAAAAUUUAUCUCUGAGCUCUACGUCCCCUCUUGCAGUGAAAAUUCCCUGAUUCAUUUUCAAAUUAGACCUUGAAGUCUUCUCUUUUGCAAGAGUGGUGCUAAAUUAAUAAAGGAUUGGAAGAGUUUCCUAAAAGUUUGUUUGGAUGUAAAUGGCUUGAAAUGGUGUUUUUCCCCAUGUAGAUCGACUUGUAUCAGACAAUUUGAUGGGUGUUUUUAAAUUUCAAAACGAACACUGACUUCUCCUGCCCAGAGUGGUUUCAGUAAAAUUACAAAGGUCAUUCAAAUGGAAAAUAUCUCACCUCAUUCUGACCUUCCAAGCUGAUUCUUAAAGUAUUGUGUUUGCAUCACAAAUGACAUUUAUUGUGACUUCAGAGAAUGGGGUGGGGAAAAUGUGAUAAAUUCAUUCAGCUGAAUGUAUUACAUAUGGAAUCUUGGAUCCUUUGUAAAUGAUUCCUGCUCGUGGUUGUCAGUAAAUACAAGAAGUAUUUGCUUAAGUGUAAAUAUAUGUCUAAUUUUCAAACUGGUGUAAAAAAGGCUACAAUUAAAUGGUUUGAGUUUUCUUUACAAACUUAAUUUGUCCUGGAACAAGAGUGAAACUGAUUGUCUCCACCAUUCCAUAAAUCUAGGGAAAAAAGGGUAUUCUGAAUCAGUAAUACAUCAGAUAGAUUUUCAUAAUUGUCACUAAUAUCACAAUUACUUAACGAUACAAAAAUGUUAAUGGUAGCAAUUCUUCAGAGAAUGUUGGAUAAAGACAAACUUAUCUUGCUCCAGGUUCCUGCUUUUUGAAGAUUUAAAGGCUGGAGGUUAUAUGAAAUAAAUCUAAUAAACAUCAAUCCAAUGCUAAAUUAACAUAAAUUCUUGUAGUAAAAGUCAAGUCUAAAUGACAGAUGUAUUCUGUGGUUAUGGAAUGAUGUUGGGAAAUAGAUGAUAUAUCUAAAAACAUGCCUUGAGUUUCUGCCAUUAAUUCACUGCUUGGAAGAGGGAAGUUUCUUUGCAAUGAAUUGUAUUAUACUUGACCAACGUCUUAUAGUUUAGUGUCAGUCCCCACCUGCAAAACAGUCAUGAUUUUGAAAAGUAAUGCUCUUCACUUUCUCGAGAUGUUAAAUAGAAUUUGAGAGCAAACUGAAUACAUUCUCAACAUCAUGCUUUCUUAUCGAGAAAUUGAAAACAGAAUCAUGUACACAACUAUUAGUUAAAGCAUAUUUGGUAAUUUAAAACUUAGGAUCUUAGUUUCAGUGUGCAAUAAUCAUGAAAUAGAAAUUUGAAAAACUUUAUUACGCAAGCUGUAAAUAAUAGUAUUUCAAAUCACAAUGCAUUAACUUUGUAAUGGUGGCUUCAGACUAGAGCAUGAAGUAUUAUUUCUCCCAUGAUAGAAUUAAUGGCUUACAAUGGAGUGAGCAAUGACUUGUUGGAAAAAGUAUUAGAUAUUGUUCAUAUUCUGAUUGGAAAUUCCAAAAUCAGCAGCUUUUUAUACCCCACAACAGAAAGGCAAAAAAAAAACUCAAGCAGAGAUAGAAAUUUGCUGAGAAACAUUUGGUUACUGAUCUUGACUUAAAAAGGAAAAAAUAGGAAGAAACAAUUACUACCAUUGGUUGAACACCAUUGGUAUAGUGAAUUGCCACAUGGAAUUUCAGAAAAUUGUUAUGAAACUGAAUUUUAUACCAAGCAAUGAAAUAUUAGGACAUAUUAGAAUUAUUUGAGAGCAUGUCAAAGAAGGAAAGAGGGACGGAAUUUUUGAGGGUUUUCCAGAACUUUGUGACUUAACAGCUAAAAGUACAGUCAACGCCAAUAGUGGAACAACUAAAAUUAGGGAUACACAAGAGAUUAGAAGUGGAGGUACAAAGAUCCUGGCAAAUUGAAUGAGGGGAGCACUUGGGAAUGAAGUGGGCAUGGAGGGAUCUGGAACCGAAAAUGAGUUUUAAUAUUGAGAGGAUGCCAGAUGGGUCAACAAGCCAACGGAUGAUGGAUGAACAGGAAUUAGUGUUAAAGUACAAGCAGCAGAGUUUUGAAUGAGGUCAAAGUGUAGAAUAUGGAACAUUUUUCUGGAAAUCAAUGACUCAGCUAAAAGCUUUACAGUGAGCUGAAACAUAGACAAUCGGGCAACAUUAAGAGGAAGCUGCCAGACUCAUUGAUGGAGUGGAUGCAAUCAGAAGUCUAUUUGAUUUCCAAGUGAAGCACCAAUUUUAUAAAUGGUCUGGUUCAACCUCAGACAGUUGUGAAGGAAAAGGAUGGAGUUAGUGGCAAGGGAGAACAGUUUGUGGCAGGAGGGGAAAUGGUUUGUCUUCUCAAGAUAUUAUUGGAAAAUCAUUUCUAAUGAUCUAUUUCUGCAUGUUCAUCGGGAAAACUGAGAUGAACAGGGAACAUUGGAAAAACUGACAGUGCAAGAGUUGCAGGUUCAAGGUAAAUUUAUCCAAGUACAAAUAUACCACCAUAUACAACCCUGAUUCGUUUUCUUGCUGGCAGACACAGCAAAUUCAAGAAACACUGUAGAAUCAAUGAAAUAUGAAAAGGUGAUGGUAGAGUUGGGUAUUCUCAACGUAUACGUGAAGCCAAAGAGCUUUGGGAUGUUGAGAAUAAGGAGGGAACAUCAACGUGAAAAUUAGCCAAAGAUCAAGGACAGAUCCUGAGGAAACUUUACCUAGUAGGGAGAGACAGAAUAGAUAAAAAUGUAGUUGACCUAAAUAGAGGAGAAAUGCUAAAGGGAAAUGGUUAUCAAAGGCUGCAGACAGUUUGUGAAUAAGGACAGAUAGAUUACCUUGCCAUUUUUUUUUUAAAUGUUGCUAUACUUAAAAGUCAUUGUAUUCAGGUUUCUUUUCGGACGGUGACUUAAAUGAUAAGCAUUUGCCCCAGAGUCUACAUUAGCGCUUGUAAAUUCCAUUUUCCCAGUUAUUUCCCUGCGUCCUAUUCUAUCUCACAUGACCAUCAAUUUUAUUUUGUUUCUAAUGCCCACUUACACUAGAGGCAAUUUACAGCAGCCAGAUAACCUAUCAACCACACUUGUGUGGCAAAUGGGAGGAAAUCAGAUCACCAAAGGGAACGCCAUGCAAUAACAAAGAGAGAACGUGCUGAGUGCAUACAGACAGCCCCGGAGAUUGGGAUGAUAUUUUGGACAUAGUGUUGUGAGGAAACAGCUCUAUUUGCCGCACCACUGUGCCAACUAAUAAUCUCAAUGUUAUAUGGAGGGCUAGUUUUGCGUGGUUUGGGUAAAUCAAACAGUUCACAGCUGAACUAGUUUGCUACAUUGCUUUCUCAAAGUCAGAUUCUCAAGUGAAGACAGUACCAUUCCUGGCAUUAGACCUGCAGCAAAAUCGUCAGUUUUUGAAAGCUGGGUAUGCACAUUCAGCUAGAUUAUCGUUUAGCCCUUACCAAACUGAUUUCUAUCAUGGACAAUUACUUCUACGUUUGGAUUCAUCAUUGUAUUUGUAAAUUGAGAAGUGUUCAAUUCUGACCCAUCAACAUUCUAACAAAUUAAAAUUACAUGCACUGAGAUCUCCUUUAUAGGGCACACGGGAUUUUCUUGUGUACUGUAUCUUUGAUAUUGACACAAUAUGGAUCCUCGCCAUUCACAGCCACAAUGAAGAUGUUUGGGCUAGACCCACUGAUCACCUGAUGUGCCUGUGAUGUCCAGCAAGUUAGUUUUCCACUGCUGUCAUACAUGUACUUGCUUGUAUGAUAAUAAA